UUGUACUUUGUGAGUUCAUCCACUGCGUAUUGUUUUCUUUUUCAUCAUGACGAAAUCUUUGAUAGACUUGUGCAUGUUCUGUAUAGCUAACAACCUCGAAAAUAUCAAGCGAGCAGGAUCAUCACUGUGUAAAAACGACAAAGAACUUCUUCUAGAAUUGCUUUGCGACCAUGAUAUGUUUACAGCGAAAAGGAUUCCAUUUGUAACUAAACAGCUUCUUUCACCGACGUUGACCAACAUUGCUUUUGGUUAUUCUGGUCAAGUGGACGAUGCAUUGCUCCAAAAGUUAGCUCUCUCCCGUUGCAAACUGAGGUCAUUUGUUCUCAAGAAUUGCCCGCAGGUAUCAGAUAAGGGAUUAUCUUCCCUCCUCAAGACACAAACAGAUUUGGAAUUUCUGCAUCUUAAACUGAGUUCUUUUCAAGUCCAUCUCACUGACAAGUGUUUAUUAACACUACGGUCUUCAAAAUUAGUAUCUGUUAAAUUAGAUCACAUUGAUCAGCUUAGCAACAAUGGAGUUAUAACCUUGGCAAAGAAUUGUCCAAAUAUUUGUGAAUUGAUGCUGCCAGGGUGCAAAGAACUUAAUGAUAAUUGUAUUGAAACUGUUACACGUACACUUUUGAAAGGAAAACUGGAAGUGUUGGAGCUGUCUGAAAUACACUUGUUGACAGAUCUUAGCCUGCUUGCCAUUGGUUCGGGUGAUUGUCCCAAGCUCAGAGAAUUGCUUCUUGUUGGUUGCAAUAUGAUUUCAGGAGCAGGACUAUUACAGGUUACUCAAGGCUGUCCUAACUUGACAAGCCUGGACAUUGGAUACUGCUACAGAAUUUUGACUGAUGGCAGAACAUUGGUGACAGCAAAUGCAUUCCCGUCCAAUCUACUGGAACUGACUUUACAUGGAGUGCAAAUGUCAUCAGAAUUACUCAUUGACCUUGUGGAAAAAUUGGAUUAUAUAAGAGAAUUGACUUUGUGUGGAAUGAAGGCAGUAGAUGAUGAUUCUUUAGAAAAAAUUUGUUCAGCUGCAGGGCGAACCUUGAGAUCAUUAGACUUGAGUGGUUGUGCAGUUUUAACAGAUGCUGGACUUUCAGCCAUCAGCAAACAGUGUCAAGCCAUUGAAUCUCUUAAAGUGUCUUUCUGCCCAAAUAUCACUGGCAAGAGCUUGAAAUCUCUUUUCCGCUGCCCAAAAAGAGGGCAAGAGUUCAAAGCAUUUGUGGCAAAUGGAUGUAAAAUGUUCUCUGUAGAUGUUAUAGCUGAAAUAGCAGCAAGUUGUCCUUCGCUGCUUGUUCUGCGGCUUGCGGGCAUGAAAGACGUGGAUGAUCAGCUCCUGACUGCAGUUGCUGAAAAUUGUCACCAAAUUACCCGUGUCAGCAUUAAAGGCUGCGGCUUGGUUUCUGAUGUUGGUGUAUGUGAGUUAGCACGUAUGUGUCCAUUAGAAGAGGUUGUUGUGUCUGGUGUCUCAGGAUUAACAGAUCGGUCUGUUUUUGCCCUGGCAAACUGCUGCUGCUCAACUCUGAAAGAAGUCUACGCUUCAGGGUGUUCCAUGAUCACUCAGGCAGCAAUUAAUUAUCUGAAGGACUGUUGUUUGAAGAGAAUAUUUGUUGAACAUCGUGUACCAAAUGUUGAUCCUGACCAGGUUAUGGCCAAGAAUCUUGAUACUGGAGAAUUCUGUCGAGCUGACCUUUUAUUCACAGGUCCUGUUGUGCAAGACCCAGAUCUAUCCUCCACAAUAGCUACAACAACAACAAACUGAAAACACUAAGAGAGUGGUUAUAGUCUUUUGAAGGAUGAGCAUGUAAGAUUACAGCCUAAGUAUAAAUACUUUUUAAAAUGAAUGAACAAACAAACAAAUAAAUGUACAUUAGUACCAUUUGCACCAUUCAAUUGAUGAAAUCUGAAAAACAGCAAAAAGUGCUGCAAGAUAAUGAUGCAACAUUUUGUGGAAUGAGAAAUGAAGGAAAGAUUUCUUCUCCAGACAAAUUUAAAGACUUAAAACCAUGGACUGAUAAGAUUGGAAUGUAGAUUGAAUGUUAAAUGUUUGCUCAACUAGGUAGAUGGUUUUUUGUAUUAGUUCUAGUACUACUCAUCAACCAGUUUGCCUCGGGUUAAUAAACAUACACUCACAUCAGUGUCAUCAUCUCAGAAAGUCUCAAGUAUUUGAUUAUGUUCAUUUUGACAGUCACUCAACUUUAAUUUCAAUUAACCCAAUGAAAUUGCCUUCAGUGGUGCCAAAAAUAUGACUGUGGAUGGGUCAGCACACAAACAACGCCCAGAAUGGCUCUUAAUAACCCUUUACACCCUUAUCAUCAGUAUGCAUAUUCUCCAUACUGUUCUCUAUACAUUUUCUAAGGUUCUGACAUGAAGAAUUUGUUUAAAAAUCAAGAGCUUCUCUUGUAGGUGAUCAUUUUUUUUUAUUCUUGUAACUUUAAUGUGUGAUUCAAGGGUGAUACAGCAUGGAGGAAUUAGAUCCUUAUCACCCAUAGGGUGUAAAGGGCUAAACAGCUGUAGGUCUGGUUAUAGUGAGUGAGAGAUUUUGUGGUGUAACAGUUAGUUGAGCUGGAUUUUGGGCGGAGAAGGAGGGGUUCAUGACCUGGCAGUCACCAUGUAGUUGAUCAACAAGCAGUCCUUCCUUUGCAGCAAAGUCCAUUGUGCAAGUAAAAAAAAAUAAGUGAAAAAAAAAUUGAUGAUUGUGCACAGCUAAGAUUGAGCUCUGGGAGUCCUGUUCUGCACCUCACUUCCAGAGCUCCCUGUAGGGCAUUGACAUCAGUUUUAUUUUUCUCUGAUUUUUUUGGUUUACUUGCUUAACAGACUUCUCCAAAUAAAAGAACCUUCUCACAA